AGUUUAUAGUCUACGUUUUUAUAAUGGCGACUGCAAAGGACAACAAUGAUAAUUUUGAGGAUUUAUUAACUUGUACCAUAUGUUUAGAGACAUUUGCAGUACCCAAAUAUUUACCUUGUCUCCAUACGUUUUGCAAGACAUGCAUAAAUACCUACAUUCUGUCUUCCGUGGACAAGGGAAAAACUGGAUCCACAUUUAAGUGUCCGAUAUGUCGACAGGAUGUUUUGAUGGAAGAGUCAACGGGUAAUCUGGAGACGUGGGCCGAACAACUACCAGGUAACCAUUUUGUUACAUCAAUGAUGGAUAGACAGGAAAUUCGAAAAAACGAAAAAAUGUGUGAUUCGUGUAAGGUUAACAAUCAAUCAGAAAAGGCGAGGUCUUUGUGCACAGUUUGCGAUGAGGCGUUUUGCAGUUCUUGCGAAACAUACCACAAAUCAUUUAAGAUUUCUGCAAAACACCCGAUCAUAUCACUAAAGGACAUUGAAACUAAUAACGGAAUAGAAAUCGUGCCUUCGUUGAUAUUUUGCGAAGAACAUUCAGGGGAGGUAAUAAAGGCCUACUGUGUUGACCAUUCUAAACCAAUAUGUACAUUAUGUGCCACUUUAUCGCACAGGAAAUGUGAUGACGUAAUCACAAUCGAGAAGGCAGUUUCAGGCAUAAAAAAAUCUCAUAAAGCGAUGGAAUUGUCUACAGAACUUAAUGAUACGAGUAAACAAAUGUCCAAUUUGAUACGCGACAGAAAAAAACAUUUGACCGAUUUUGAAAAAGAGGUGGAAGCUAUUCUUACAAAGGUCAGUACCAUGAAAAAUAACAUUAUUGAGCAUCUGAACAAAAUUGAAGAACAAGUCAAUGACGAAAUAAUCAAAUCAAAGAAAGAAACAGUCCUGAAACUUUCUGAAGAGUCAACAGAUCUUGAAAGUCUGAAGAGUACGGUUGAUAACUGGAUUGCUAUAUAUGAUACGUGUUUACAUCAUGGGUCCGAACUGCAAUGUUUACUGGAAAUCAAUAGAAUUAGCGAAAAUAAUGAAAAAUUCGUUGAAGCAUUUAACAAAGGUAUGAGCGAAAUUAAGAAUAUUUCUAUGCAUUUACAAGCUAAUGAUAUAGCAGAAAAUUUUGCAAAACGAGUCACAAUUAUAGGUGAGGUUAAACUAGUUGAAACCAGCACAAAAUUUCCAAAACUAUCGUUGGGGAAAACAAUAAACUUUCACACUGGAAAUAUUAAUGUAAUAAAAUGUAUUGACUUAAAUGCACAGACUGUAUAUCUAAGUGGUCUUUUUUUGAAAGAUGUAUUUAUCUUUACAAACGGUCACUCGUAUAAAUUAUUGAAAUUGAGUCACAAUGGAGACAUUCUCUCCGAACUGAAGCUAUCAGCCAAACCAUACGAUAUAGCUCUAAUAAAAGGAACAAGAGCUGGAGUUUCGAGCAAUUCGAAAACAAUUUUUAUCAUCAACACGCAGGAUAUGACGCUGUGCCACAAAGUUGCAUUCACAUAUCCAGUUCAUGGAUUCUGUCAUGUUAACGGGGAAUUUAUUCUUGCAAGUAGCCCUGCUAUAACCUAGAUUUGCUCUUCGACUGGUGUCAAAAACGAAGAAGCUAUAACAAACGGGGGCAGCAUUUUUAUAUUUGCAAAACACCGGAGUGAUUAUAUUUGUUCGGAUGGGAUAAGCACAGUGUCCAGAACUGUAAAUAAGACAAAGGUAUUUUCUUACACAAAUGAUAAAAUGAAACACGCGAGAGGUAUAGACGUAGACUGUGAUGAGAAUUUUUAUAUUUGUGCAUACUUUUCUGGUAAUAUUCAUCAAAUAACAAAAAAUGGUAAGCUGGUAAGAAUUAUUCCAGCUAAGAGUAUCGGAAUACAUCAACCAUGGGUUAUACGUUUCAAGAAAAAUAGCAACCAGUUCUUUGUUACAUGCUAUAAAACGGGGAAAGUUGUCGUGUGCGAAAUAAUU